AUGUCACGUAAAUUUACAAUUGUGGCAGCCACGGAUCUCCCAUCCAAUACAGGCUGGCUUGCACAUACCAUCAUCGACAUCCGCCCGCCCCCACUACGAGACUGUGAGGCGGAGGCGAAUGAUUUAUUUCAUCCCGCCGUAUUGUCUGGCGAGCCCCCAACACUCUCUGACGCUGCGAGAACACAAUUUUCUGAGGCACGAGCACGCGUCGACGAGGCUACAGUGCCCAACGUCAUAGGCAAGGACGUCGCGGUGGUUACCCUCGGAACGGGCAGUGCCAUUCCUAGCAAGUACCGAAAUGUUUCUGGCACGCUCCUGCAUUACCCCGGAGCAGGGUACAUUCUCUUAGAGAUGCAGGAGAGGGCACACGGGGGCAACUCUCCAGGAAUUACGAGCUGGCGCGUGGGCUGUUUUGAGAGGCCUAACGUGCAUCUUCAUGAACACAUUCACGGCGACCAUCACAUUGGUCUCGCCAAGAUUUUGGCGAUGAGACAUCAGCUUGACCCGCCCCCGGAAGAAUCUUUCUACCUCAUCAGCAAUCACGUAUUAUUCCUCUACGUUCGGGAUUACAACGCGCUCGAGGAGCUUGGGUUCUCGGAGGAUGCACGGGCCCGUGCUGUACCUAUCUUGAGCAAUGAGAUUCAUUUGCGCAACAACGGACGGGGUGGAUGGAAUCACGGUGACCAAGACCAGAAGGGUUUUCUCUAUCUGUAA